AUGGCAGAAGACAAGGUCCAAACUUUUGAUAUCCCGAAAACAUGUAAAGCUGGUGUUGUAGUCAAUGAAGGCCCGGACUUCCGCGUCGAGGUUCAGGAUGUUCCAGUGCCUGAAUGCGGUCCAACGGACGUACUCAUCAAGCUCAACGCGACCGGUAUCUGCCACAGCGAUCUUCACUUCAUGCUCAACGACUGGGCACUACCGAAAAUGUCAGACCUCGGUACAAAAUGUGCCGGACACGAAGGUAGCGGUGUUAUUGUCAAGGUUGGGGAUCAGGUCAAGAACCUGAAGCCGGGAAUGCGAGCUGGAUACAAGCCAAUUCAAGAUACUUGCGGCUCGUGUGAGCUUUGCCGCAACGGUAACGAAUGCUACUGUGCAAAGGCAGUCUUGACCGGAUUAAUGAUUGAUGGUUCAUACAAGCAGUACAUCGUCUCACCCGAACGCUACACAACCCUCGUCCCGGAUGGUGUGAACGACUACAUAGCAGGGCCGAUCAUGUGUUCUGCUUCAACAAUCUACACAUCAAUCAAGGAGUCACAACUCCGACCCGGAGACUGGGCCGUCUUCCCCGGCGCAGGGGGCGGUGUUGGCCUACAAGGCGUGCAACUGGCGAAAGCCAUGGGUCUACGCGCCAUAGCCAUUGACACUGGCGACGAUAAGCAAAAGCUCUGCAUGGAAACUGGAGGCGCUGAGCACUUUAUCGACUUUAAGAAAGUAGAAAACGUAGGCGAGGAGGUAGUACGGUUGUGCGAUGGUAUCGGCGCCCACGGUGUCUUCGUCACUGCUGUUCAGACUUACCCAAACUCGAUAUCAUACCUCGGUGGCCGCGUUGGUGGAAAGGUGAUGUGCAUCGGACUGCCGCCGGCUGGGACUCAGCACAUUGAUGUCGACCCGAACCAAAUGUGCUUCAGGAAACAGAGUGUACAGGGUACACUUGUGAGCAGCAUGGCGGACGUGGACAAGACGCUUGACUUUGCUAAGCGGGGAUUGCUGAAGCCGAUUUACACGGUGUAUCCGUUGAGCAAGUUCAACGAGGCUGUGCAGAAGCUGAAGCGUGGGGAGAUUGCUGGACGAGCAGUUGUCGAUUUUAACAUGGAGUAG